AUGGCGGCUCCCCUGGAUGACAUGUUUUUCUUCUGCGUGGAUCCCGGCAAAGUUGCCGGCUGCGUGGAAGUCCGAUUUAUCGACAACACCAAGGGCAAGGGUCUCUUCGCCAAAAAGAGCAUCAAGAAGGGAGACACCAUUUUCAUUGAGCGGCCUCUGGUCGCUGCCCAGUUCCUGUGGAAUGCUUUGUAUAAAUAUAAAGCCUGUGAGCAUUGCUUACGUGCUCUGGAGACUGCAGAGGAGAAUGCGAGGAGACUCAGCGGCAACCCUGGCCUCAGCCUUCCUCACCCUGAGCUCUGUCGUGUUCGACCAGAGCUGCACCAGGCCUGUCCUCAGUGCCAGGUGAUGUACUGCAGCAGCGAGUGUCGACAGGCUGCAGCGGAUCAGUACCAUCGGGCUCUGUGUCUGGGAGCCUCUCAGGAAGAUCCAGACCACCCCAUCAACAAGCUCAAAGACGCGUGGAGGAGUAUGCAUUAUCCCCCCGAGACCUCCAGCAUCAUGCUGAUGGCCAGAAUGGUAGCUUUGGUCAAACAGGCCAAAGAUAAAGCACACUGGCAGAAGCUGUUCUCCCACUUCUGCAGCCGGACGGCGAACGAGGAAGAAGAGAUCGCACAUAAGCUUCUGGGAGAACAGUUCAGAGGACAGCUGGCCUUGUUACACAGCCUUUUCACAGCAGCACUUUAUGAUGACCAUCUCAGCAGGUGGUUUGUUCCGGAGGGUUUCCGCUCUCUGUUCUCUCUGGUGGGAACCAACGGACAAGGCAUUGGCACCAGCUCUUUGAGUCAGUGGGUUCAUGCCUGUGAUGUACUUGAGCUUCCUGCCCAGCAGAGGGAGCAUUUGGACUCUUUUAUUGACCAGCUGUACAAGGACAUUGAAAAAGAAACGGGGGACUUUCUGAACUGUGAGGGCUCUGGACUUUUUAUGCUUCAAAGCUCCUGUAACCACAGCUGCAUACCCAAUGCAGAGGCGUCCUUCCCCGACAACAAUUUCCUGCUUCACCUCAGUGCCCUAAAUGACAUCAACCCAGGAGAGGAGAUCUGCAUCAGUUAUUUGGACUGCUGUCAGCGGGACAGAAGCCGACAUAGCAGACACAAAAUUCUGAGGGAGAACUACCUGUUUGUCUGCUCGUGUCCAAAGUGUGUCUCCCAGAUGGAUGAGCUGGAUGUGACAUCUGAAGAGGAAGAGGAAGAAGAAGGCGAGGCAGAAGGUGAAACAGAGGGGGAUGAGAUGGAAGAUGAGAUGACAGAUGUCUGAUGAAAGACUUGCCCAUAUUGUUCUCAGCCGUUCCCAUUCCCGCCACUGCGCUAAGCAACCACCAAGCCCAGAAGAAUAAAGAGCAUCCCCGACCAUGAUCUGCAUCUCACCAAAACUGUCCAAAUGUGGGGGGGAGGAGGGGAAAGCGUCCUAUCAGCAACACAUUUCACUCAUUUGUUUAGAAAAAAAAUCAGCCUCUGAAAACUGAUGAGGUAUGUGUGCCAGCAUUAGGACAGUGACAUGUUUUGGUUGUUUUGGCUCUACCUCAGCACGCUGGGGGGUUGAAAUAAAACAAAGACUUUGAUUUGAGUGCCAACUUUCCUGGGUCUGGGGGAGUUAAGAACCUGGGGAUCUUCUUCUUUUUUUUUUUUAAACUCUUGAGGGUGUAAAAUGGAAGAAAUUUCUCUGUUCUAAAGCUGCAGUCAUUCAUUUUUUUGCCCCAGGCUAAACAAGAACCCUUACUUCUAUUCUGACAUGUUCGCAAACAGAUGCUUAGUUAUAUAUCUAGCAGGGAACAAGAGAUUUGAUUUGAGCUUUAGCCAGUCAAUAGGUGAACAGAGAAAUACCCCUAUCAAGACCUUCUUUUUCAUGUCUUACUUGACUAUUUGUCAUUUUUAUACAGACAACAUGUCAUAUUAAUUACCCCCUUUUCAAGUAUACCCUGACCCAAACGUAUUCACUCUCUAUUUGAGAGGAACAUCCGUGUCUGUGACAUUAUGAGAAAUGUUGCCGUUAGUCAGGUAGUUGCUAGCUUUGUUCGUCUGCCGCUUGGUGCAGUUCAAAUAGCACUCAGUAGUUCUGUCAGGUUUCUGUGGCUGGAAAUGACACAGUUGAGUCACCCAAAACACUUAAGUUGGGAGGUGAAAAACCAAAACAAUGAGCUUAAAGUACAGGUCAGCGAUUGUAGUAACUAGUACUUAUCACUGCAGGUUCCCACCGUCAUGUUAGUAAUUUCAUUCACUUUCAUUUAAAAAAAAUAAAAAUAAAUAGAGCAGCUUUAAAGCUGAAAGUAAGCACUUUAUCCCCACAGUUAUUGUGACUUUGAAAACAAAUGGAUUAGAGAGCCAAAACAGAACUGUCAUAAUACUGACUACACUGUGUUUGACCUUCAGGAUCACUGAAAGCAGCUCAAAAGAACAAUUAUCUUUCUUGUUCCUAACGACUAUUAAAGAAAAGAAGAAUGAUUAAGCAAAGGUCAAUUGCUUCUCAGGUGUUUCUGCUCUACUUAGUAGAAGUUUCUUACAUGACUAUGCAUACUGUGUUGAAAAGCCUUUUUUAUUUAUAGUCCAUUGUAAUUACAGCCUUGUCAUAUGGGAGGCAUCCAGCUAGCAAAAUAUAAUUCGGUUUUCAUGCCAUGAUCUAUGGGGUUAAGUUAGACCUUACUUAAUGUAUUAUGGGGACCUUGAGUGGAAAAUUGCUUUGUCAGUAACUGUUUGCCCUUUGUUGAGAACUGUAUUUCAAACCAUGGUUCCACAUGAGUGAAAUUGCUGCUGCCGCCUUACAUGAAUCAAUAUUACAACAAUGACUAUAAUCACAAAUCCCAAUAUUUUCAGUUACUCAACAAAGAUUGGAAAUAUUGAGUGACUAUUCCCAAUUUUCUCAGUUGGCAUUCAGCGCUGUGUGGCACAGCAGAACAUGGCUCUGCAAGACCAAUGUAAAAUUUAAAUAUUAUAAGGAAAGCAAACAGGAGCCUAGCAGUUGUCAUUUUUACUACUCUGGCAUAAACCAUUGAAAUUGGA